AUGCACCGACGAGAGCUGAACGCCUUCAGCCAGAGCUUGUGGGACCUCGUACAGCAGCCCCCGAAUACUGGCGUCUUGCCCUCCGCAGAUGCACUGGCGAAGGCGCGCAUGACUCUUCUCGACCAUCUUCCAGAUAGAGGCCAGGGCUUGGAGCGGACCAAAGACCAUAUUGUCCAUGAUAUCAUACCGGCAUUCAACUCCAGCAACCUGAGUCCGAACUACUACGGCUUUGUCGUCGGCGGGGUGACCCCGGCUGCUCUUUUGGCCGACAAUGUGGUUUCAGCGUAUGAUCAGAACGUGCAAGUACACAUCGAAGAACAUUCCAUAGCCACGGAUGUCGAUUUCAAAGCAUUGGGUCUUGUGGCAGAUUUGCUCAAGCUUAACCGCCGGAAUUGGCACAAUGGAACGUUUACGACGGGUGCCACAGCAAGCAAUAUUUUGGGUCUGGCGUGUGGCAGGGAAUACGUAUUGAGAAAGGCUGCGCAGAAACGGGGUGCUCAAAUUCAUAGCGUUGGCGAAGACGGGCUCUUCGAGGUUAUGCAAGCGGCUGGAUUGAAGGGCAUUCAGGUUCUCUCUACUCUGCCCCAUUCUUCGGUAGGCAAAGCGGCGGGAAUCCUAGGAAUUGGCCGUUCAAAUAUGAAGAGCAUAAAUACUUCUCAGGAAAACCUCAUUGAAAUCGACAUGGAGCUUUUAGAGAAGGAGCUUUCCAGGCAGGAUAAGGCGAGUAUUGUGGUUAUUUCAUGUGCAGAAGUCAACACAGGCCAUUUCGCGACAGAGGGCAUGGCGCAGAUGCGUGAAUUACGGAGACUAUGCGACAAGUAUGAUGCCUGGAUACACGUUGAUGGGGCGUUCGGAAUCUUUGGACGCAUUUUGGAUGCAUCGGACGAUGAGUAUGCAGCGAUCACGAGGGGGUGCGAAGGCCUUGAGCUUGCAGAUUCAAUCACAGGCGACGCCCACAAAUUCCUCAACGUGCCCUACGACUGCGGUAUCUUCCUGUCCCGACAUGCGUCAACUGAGAUCUCCGAGGAUGUAUUUCGCAACGCCAAUGCGGCUUAUCUAAAUGCAGGGACGCGGGGAAAAUCCUCCCAGACGGUCCCAUCGCCGUUGAACAUUGGAAUUGAGAACUCGAGGCGCUUGCGAGCGCUGCCAAUCUAUGCUUCAUUGAUGGCGUACGGGAAAAACGGAUUCAAGACUAUCCUCGAGACACAUAUCCGCCUUGCACGCAUGAUUGCCGGCUGGCUCUAUGAUCAUCCGGCGUAUACCCCUUUGCCGCUUGGCUCGAGUGAAGACGAUCUAUGUGCUCUUACCUAUACGAUCGUGCUCUUUCGAGCCAAUGACGAGGCCUUGAAUACGCAGUUGGCCAAGAAGAUCAAUGCUACGUCGAAAAUGUAUGUUUCUGGUACAUCUUGGGACGGUAAACCGGCUUGUCGUCUGGCAGUUUCCAACUGGAGGGCAGACGUGCUGAGAGACUUUGCAGUGGUGACAGACGUGCUUGAGCAUGUUGUUUCGACGGGGGUAGAUGGCAACAGCUGA